AUGCAGAAAAGAAGCACCAGGAGACAUUCAGGUAUGAACUUCCAACUUUAUUCUGAGAAGAACAAGGUUAUACAGCAAGUAGAACAAAGAACAUUUUUCACAUAUGUCAGUAAUCACAGGUUUCCAAAGUUCCAAUGUGAAAUAAAUUCAUUAUCAACGUUCAUCAACAAGUUCCCAGAUUAUGGCUUUGAGAUUCAGAGGUCACAUGAGAAAACCAGUGAUAAGAUCCUUGCAAAAACAGUGAGACAUAUCAGAAGUAUUUAUACAUUGUAUAGUAUUGUUAUGUCAGUGCCUGUGAUAUCAAAGCUGAUAGAAGAGAGAGAACUGACUACCAACUGGCCCAAUGUGUCCCUAAGAAUGGUUCCUACAAACUUGACCUCAAGCACAACCACACAGGACUUAUACUACACUCAGAGUUCUGAUUUUCAUUCUGUGUCUAAACUGAAAGUUUUGAUUCUAUGGAUAACAGAGUUAAGAUAAUUGAAUUUAUUUUCUAACAGACCAACUUGGUAUUUACUGGCAGGUUUCAGACAUUUAGAUCUUUCUUUCAAUGACAUUGACACCAUACCUAUCUGUGAGGAGAUUGGUAACUGGUCACAUUUGGAAUCCCUAAGUGUGAGUGGGGCAAAAUUUAAAAAAUCAGAUUUCCAGAAAGUUGCUCAUUUGCAUCUAAAAACUGUUUUCUUGAGAUUGAGAGCUUUUGUUUUUUUGAAACCUGUCUGUUUAAACACAACAAAACUCCACAUUGUUGGGCCUCUGAACACAAAUUUCUGGGUUCUUUUGUGUGGUAGAAUCAAGAAUACCAGAGAUAACAAAUAUAGGUAG